GAAAAGUAGGCCUAAAAUGUUAUAGUGUCUAAAAACAAUAUUCAGUUAAUGGAAUUACACUUUUUUCCAUUACUGCUUGCUUGAUAUUGCCCUAACAACUUUUUCAUGAAUCAAUUUUGAGCAUUAUGUUUACAACGUAGUUAUUAUAGCACGAAUUAUGAGUCUAAAAUGCCAAAUACUUGCAACUAUUAUGUUAAUCACUGAAAUCUUAGUGUACUAAUUGCUCGCUAUAAGCUAGGUUAUUGCGCCCCUAAACCAACGUACUGACAACGCUACCUCCCCGGAACUCAAACUUUAACAUUAUGCAAAGAUGAGCACUUUCAGCACCAACACACCGCCGGUAUCCUCACCGGCCAAGAGUCCCCGGUCAAGUCCAGUAUGGAAGAGACCCUCGGAUAUCAUGAAAUUGAGACGGGCCAAGCGACGCAGCUCAACCAGUGAUACCCGGCCCCUCAAGCCACAUAACCAGUCGCCGAGUCCUUUGGCUGAGACUGACAAAGAUGCCGUCAGACAGUCGAUGAAGCGACGCAACCCAUUCAGCUGUUCACCACGAAAAAAGCUCCAUAUUGGACAUGAUGGUGAUGAGGGUGGCGACUUUGAUGACAGUGACUUCAUGCUCUUUCGGAUGUUGAAAAGUGCUGAUAAUGAUAAUAAAUUGCAGGUCAAUGACAAGUGUGAAAAGGACAGCCCAUCUUCCCAAUUUCUUAUCCCAGCUUCUCCUACCAAACCUAGAAAACUGAGAAAAACAAGUUCAACACGUUCAACAGAGUUACCAAGCCCAUUGAAGGAACCUUCCUCUCCUGAAAUAUUUGACGGACCAGAGGAAGCUCCUUUACCAAGUGGAAAAGAUAGGUUGCCUCUUGACUGGAGUCUGAAAAUGAAGAUCCGAUUUGUAUCAUCUCAUCCAUUUUCAUGGUCAUCUCCUCUGAAGACAACAGAAGAGGCAGCUGGACUAAGUGCCUUUGUUCGAACUCGGCAGGUGGACUUUUCUCCGGAUGAUGUGACUAGUGACCAUAAGACAGCCCUUCAGCAGUGUUGUAUGUACUGGAUGCACCCAAAUCUCCCAUGGUUGAAGUUGUUUCCAAGAAUGGUCACAGACAAUAAAAUAGGAAAAUUGGUUCCUCUACUACAAGACGAAGGUGUAAUCAACAUGCUGCAUACAGACUGGACAAACAGCUUCACAUCAGCUUUCCAGUUAUUGAAGGCUCAGCACUGCCCUUACUUCUACAUGUGUACCCACCUAUUCACAGUGCUCUUCAGGGCGUCUGCUGUGUGUGGACUCCCGCAGUUCAAUGCCAUAGUCACACCAACAACAAGAGGCUUCAGGGAGUCACUACGGAAUGAAGGUAUUGACUUCUCAAUGCCACUUAAGCCAGAGGAGGACAUAACCCAGGGUAACUUGAGGCAACAAGCCCCCGCUGAGACCAGUCAUUCAGACAAGGCAGCAUGCGAUGAUGAGGAUGAAGAGGAUAUUGACCAGACAGAUGAGGGGGCUCAGUCAUGGCUUGAGAGUAUAGGACUUGACAAGAAAAAAUUCCCAGAACUUCGGCCUGAGAAGAUCAAAAUGCAGCGUGAGGGGUACAAAAUCAUUGACAACAAACCUGAGUCCACGGUGUAUGUAGAAAGCUCCAGUACCCAGGCCCUGUUCAAUUACCUGCUGAACUGCAGGAGCUGUUUUGCUAGCAGUGGGGUGCAGUAUGGUAUACCACCAACGAUACUGGCACCUGUCGCAUUUAAAGGAUCAACGCUAAAAUCAUUGAAGGUCAAGCAUGGUCUCCUCCGCCUCCAGCCUCACAAGACAAACCAGAAAGGUUACAGCAUGGAACUAGAGGGACCCAUUCUGCCCAACACCCAGGUUCUCAUCUGUGAUCUUCUCAAGGCAACGCAAAAAGGAGAUUACUCCGCAACACUCGGGGUGCAGGACUCGAGCACUUCUUUCAAUUUACUCCAUAAGAACUGUGACAAUGAAUCUGCAGAUUUGAAUGACUGUGGACUAACAACCUUCAGUAAAGAAUACUGCCAACAGAAGUUAGAGCUGGAACGGAUCGCAUUACGAGAAAUUGUGUGUAAAGAGGAUCUUUUCAGUUGGACUACUGGUUGAUAAGCAAAAUUUAGAACUGUCCUGAUCUUUCCAAUUGUAUAUGAUAUCAUAGGCUAUGGAUAUAUUUCAUUUUUACACCUUAUGGAUUACGAUAAUGGCAAAAUAUGUACCAAGUUAUUAGCUGUUAGUAAUGUCACAACCAGGUCAACCACCACGAUGCCCUGUGCAAUCAUAAAUGUGCAGUUUGUUAUAGUUUUAUAUACCUAUUGUAAUAUUCACUUUUACAUGUAAGAUUCUCUUUUAAGAUUUAUCUAAAUAAUAAAUCUAAAUAAACUGA